AUGGCUGGUGGACCUGGAAUUACAAGGGGAGGUGUUGGCCAUGAUUCGCUGCCAUGGACAAUCGCCAUGGCCUCCUUUGCCGCUUUUGGUGGUAUUCUUUUUGGUUACGACACUGCGACAAUUGGAGGAGUUAUUGCUAUGAAAGACUGGCUCGACGUAUUUGGCUCUCAUGAUCCUUCCAUUGGCCAAUACCUCGGGACGAACCACAAGUCUCUAGUUGUGUCCAUCCUUUCUGCUGGUACUUUUUUCGGCGCUCUCAUCUCCUUUCCUCUGGGUGAUCUCAUUGGCCGCAAGUAUGGUCUCAUCUCUUCUUGUCUCAUCUUUUCUCUUGGAAUUGGCCUUCAGCUCUCGACUCAUUGGGUAACCUUCAUCGUUGGUCGAGUUGUUGCCGGCCUCGGAGUCGGUGCCGUGUCUUGCCUCGUACCCAUGUACCAAUCCGAAUGCUCGCCUAAGAAACUACGAGGGUUUAUCGUCGGACUCUAUCAAUUCGCUAUCAGCAUCGGUGCCCUUCUUGCUGCUAUCGUCCUCAACGCAACCAAGGAUGAGAACUCACAUUCAUCUUGGCGUACACCCAUCGCUGUCCAAUUCGUAUGGGCUGCCGUCCUUGGUGGAGGCAUGCUUGUUCUUCCCGAGUCUCCUCGCUAUCUGCUUUAUAAGAAUAAGUGGGAUGCUGCGAAGCACUCUCUUUCGCGCCUCCUUGUCAAGCCUGCGAAUUCCCCCGAAGUUGAUACCGAGAUUGCUGAGAUUUGGCUCGCCCUUGAGGCUGAGCGUGCCUUGGGUGGUAACACAUAUCUGGACUGUUUCAAGUUCACUGCAAAUAGGAACUUCUUACGUACCAUGACUGGUAUUUGGCUCCAAGCAUGGCAGCAACUUACCGGAAUCAACUUCAUCUUUUAUUACGGGACGACCUUUUUUAAGAGUGCUGGUAUUUCAAACGCUUUUAUCAUUACGAUCGUUUGCAACGUCGUCGGUACCUGCAUGUGUAUCGUCGGUAUCCAACUCAUCGACAGGGUGGGCCGUAGGAAGUUGAUGAUAAUCGGUGCCAUCGGUAUGAUGGUCUGCGAAUAUAUCAUCGCUAUCGUAGGUGUUACAGCUGGGAAGACACACUUCGACGCUUCCACUGGUCUGUCG